UACUAUACUACAAGUACUAUAUAUACACAUAUACGAGAAAACCUGAAAGUAACCAACAGGCAACUUCCCACCCACACCCAAAAAAACUUGGACAGAAUGAGUUCGGAUCACAAUAAAAUUACAAACCAAAAGGGAGAACAUUUGGUGAUAGAUUUAGGAAGUAUUGAUACACAAAGCCUUUUGAAUGAGGGAGAUAAUAAGAUAACUUAUACAAAUGAAUUGUCUUCUUGGGAGAUGGACUCCCUUACUGCCCUUUGUGACACCAUCAUACCUGCCGUCGACCCACCGGAGUCGGCUACGGAGGACUCCGUCAUCCGAUUUUACAAAACGUCUGCCUCCAUGGCUAAAACUCCUGACCAUUUGGGAAGGAUGUUGAGCCACAGAAUGCGGCAUCAUGUGUUCCUCAUACGAUUAAUGUUGUUUAUGUUGUCAACAAGGUUAGGAACCUUUUUGUUUGGAGGAAUACACAGUUUGUCAACUGGUUUCCCGUUUUUCCUCAAGUUUUCAGAAUUGCCACUCCAUAAACGCCAACAAUUUAUUCUUUCAAUGAGUACUAGUUGGUUCUUUCUAUAUCGGAUGGGCUUUAUCGGUGUCAAGUUGCUUAUUCUAUUGGCCUUCUUUACUCAGGUGGACGAGAAAGAAGAAAACCCAUCUUGGGAAGCAAUCGGGUAUUGUGGACCAGACCCGGAAUUCAUGAAAUCAAAAAAGCACAACGAACCAAAUCGACCAUUGGGUUACCUCACACCCAAACCCAAUCAUAAUACAAAAGCCCAAAAUCAGGCCCAACCGAAAACCAAAGAAGAUCUCCUUGGACCACUUUACAAAGGUGUAAUCAACGUAAACAACUCCCAAGAUAUCCUAAGUGAAUAUCUGAAGAACUCAGGCUUCCACGUGUCAAUCAACCGUAAAAACAAAAGCUAUCAAAAUCCGGUAAUGACUAUCCAAUGUGAUGCAGUUGUGGUAGGUUCGGGUAGUGGUGGAGGUCUAAUUGCAGGGGCUUUAGCUUCGGAAGGUUACAAAGUUUUGGUUUUAGAAAAGGGAGAAUAUUUUGCUAGGGAAAAUCUAUCUCUUUUAGAAGGUACAACUUUGGAUCAGAUGUACGAAGGUGCAGGGAUAUUAGCAACAAGGGAUUUAGGGGUGAGUAUAUUAGCAGGAUCAACUCUUGGGGGUGGAUCAACUAUUAAUUGGUCCGCUUCAAUACGGACCCCACCACACGUGAUUCGAGAAUGGGCUCACGUGCAUGAACUAGAGAUUUUUGAAAGUCCUUUAUAUAAGGAGGCUCUUGAUGUGGUUUGUGAAAAGAUGGAGGUACAAAGUGAUAUUAACAAUGAAGGGUUUAAUAACGAAGUGCUUAGGAAGGGUUGUUUGGAAUUAGGGUAUUCUUUAGUGGAUAUUCCCCGAAAUGCCCCUGCUGAUCACUAUUGUGGUUGGUGUGGUCUUGGGUGUAAAGAUGGGAGGAAGAAGGGUACUUGUGAGACAUGGCUUAAAGAUGUGAUAAGGUCGAGGAAUGGGGCUAUACUUACAGGGUGUGAAGUUGGGAAAGUGUUGUAUGAAAGAAAAAGAGGACGAAAUCGAGAUACUGCGAAAGGAGUCAUGUUCGAGCAUAAAACCAAUAAUGGUGGUCGUGGUCGUGGUCGUUACGUAUGUGUAGUUGAGGCAAAGACAACGAUAGUAGCGUGUGGUGCACUCAACACACCAGCAUUGUUGAGAAAGAGUGGAAUGAAGAACCCAAACAUAGGAAAGAAUUUGCACCUCCACCCGGUUGUGAUGGCAUGGGGAUACUUCCCGGAUACGGAGCCAUUAUCAUCUUUGUUAUCGGGUACGGGUGAGGGGAAAGUGUGGCCGGAAAAGGAGAAAAAGAGUUACGAAGGUGGUAUAAUGACAACCAUGUCAACGGUGGUAGCAGAGUUUAACGAGUCGGGUUAUGGUGCCGUGAUUCAAACUCCAUCGUUACAUCCUGGGUUAUUCUCGGCCAUAAUGCCGUGGACUUCCGGGUCAAGUAUGAAACAUAGAAUGACAAGAUUUUCUCGAACCGCCCAUAUCUUUGCCCUUGCCCGUGAUAUUGGGUCGGGUACCAUUUCCACUUCUCCUUUCGAUAUUACUUACAAUAUGCACUCAAUAGACGAAGGUAAUCUACAAAAUGGUGUUGAGAAGAUGUUGAAGAUACUAGCGGCGGCGGGGGCGGAGGAGAUCGGCACCCACCACCGUGAUGGGGCAAGCAUAAACGUGAAGAAAGUUAGUUGUCAUGAGUUUGAGAUGUUUGUAAAGAAAGAGAGUUCAAAGGCUAUAAAAGGUCUUGCUAUGCCAGUUGCAUCUGCCCAUCAAAUGGGGAGUUGUAAAAUGGGGGUUGACCCAAGGACAUCGGUGGUUAACCAAAGGGGAGAAAGUUGGGAAGUUGAGGGGCUUUAUUUAGCUGAUUCUAGUGUGUUUCCUACAGCUUUGGGUGUAAAUCCUAUGGUCACUGUCCAAGCAAUUUCUUAUUGUACGACUCAGUCAGUUCUUGAGUAUCUCAAAAGGAAAAAAAGAGGGUGAAAAUGUAAAAUUUAAAACGUACUAUGUAUGCGUGUGAUGUAUAUAUAAACCAAUGUAUAGUUACUGUUUUGUUUUGGUAAUUGAAAAUUGUCAAUAUUAGUGUAUAUUAAUUAUUGCA